UAAUGCAACUGGAGCUGCGUAGGCGUUCGAAGCAGAAGAAGAAAGAAGAAGAAAGAUGGCUGAAAACGCGGAGUCCUCUGUGUACAAGUGUAAGGUCUGAUGAAGACACAAAAAAUCUUAUCCGGUGGAGAGUGGCCAACCAGGCCCUCUUCACCGGAAAACGGAAUGCAGCCGUUCGAGGGUUUGAAGCCUUUGUGUUGGAGAACAGAAUGCAGGGGAAGGUGACUCCCACUUAUGUGAAGAGGAAGUGGGAGAACCUCAAACAAAAAUACAAAGAACUUAAGUGUCCACCUACUGGGGAUGCUGCUGAAGCUUCACCAUCCUCGAGAAGCAUGGAAACCCCAGCCAAAAAGAGACGAGUGGAGACAGAUUUUGUUGCAUAUCUGAGAGAGAUGGAAGAAAGGGAAAAUGAGAGGCAGAUAGAAGCAGCAGAGAAAGAGGAGAGAAGAUGGAGAGAGGCUGAGGAUAGGGAGGAAAGAAGAGAAAGGGAAAGAAUAGAACGAGAGGAGAAGAGGGAGCAAGAGGCGCGCGAGAGAGAGGAAAAGCGAGAGCGAGAGACACGAGAGAGAGAGGAGAGGAGAGAGCAGGAAGCAAGAAUGAGGGAGCAAAGGAGAGAUAGGGAGGCAAGAGAGAGAGAGGAAAGGUUUAUAAAAAUUUUAGAGAUUCUAAUAAAAAAAUAA